CUUACACUAGAGGGCGCUGUGUGUUCCUGUUCCUGUUCCUUAAGGACCGUCGAGUGAAUGAAGUCAGCUGAUCUGUUCUCUUAGUCGCAUUAUUUUUCAUCUUUUUUCUCCUGGCAGACGGAAUCAGGGACUUUCUCCGAUCUUUCACAUAAUUUCAGAUUCACGCCUUGAACAUGGAUUUCUCCAAGCUGCCCAAGAUCCGAGAUGAGGAGUACGAGGGACAGUUUGGAUAUGUGCAUGGUGUCUCUGGACCUGUGGUGACGGCGUCCAGCAUGGCCGGGGCGGCAAUGUACGAGCUGGUGCGUGUAGGCCACAGUGAGCUGGUGGGAGAAAUCAUCCGUCUGGAGGGAGAUAUGGCCACCAUUCAGGUGUAUGAAGAAACCUCCGGCGUUUCUGUUGGUGACCCGGUCCUGCGUACUGGGAAGCCCCUCUCUGUCGAACUGGGACCUGGCAUCAUGGGCUCCAUCUUUGACGGUAUCCAGCGUCCACUCAAAGACAUCAACGAUCUCACCAAGAGCAUUUACAUCCCCCGAGGCGUGAACAUCGGUGCCCUCAACCGUGACAGCAAAUGGGAGUUCUCACCUUCCAAGAGUUUACGGGUCGGGAGCCACAUCACCGGAGGAGACAUCUACGGUCUUGUGUACGAGAACUCUCUCAUUAAACACAAAAUCAUGCUGCCACCUAAAAACCGAGGGACCGUCACCUAUGUGGCACCGCCUGGGAACUACGACGUCUCGGAUGUGGUGCUGGAGCUGGAGUUUGAAGGAGUGAAGGAAAAGUUCACCAUGGUGCAGGUUUGGCCCGUGCGUCAGGUCCGACCCGUUACAGAGAAGCUACCUGCCAAUCAUCCUCUGCUCACGGGCCAGCGAGUGCUGGACGCCCUUUUCCCGUGUGUUCAAGGGGGCACUACCGCCAUCCCAGGGGCUUUUGGAUGUGGCAAAACCGUGAUCUCUCAGUCCUUGUCCAAAUACUCCAACAGUGACGUCAUCAUCUACGUGGGCUGUGGAGAGCGAGGUAAUGAGAUGUCAGAAGUACUGCGAGAUUUCCCUGAGCUAACCAUGGAGGUGGAUGGGAAGGUGGAGAGCAUCAUGAAGAGAACCGCUCUGGUGGCUAACACCUCCAACAUGCCCGUGGCUGCUCGAGAGGCGUCUAUUUACACAGGUAUCACUCUGUCUGAGUACUUCAGAGAUAUGGGUUACAACGUGAGCAUGAUGGCAGACUCCACUUCACGAUGGGCUGAGGCUCUCAGGGAGAUCUCGGGUCGUCUGGCUGAGAUGCCUGCUGAUAGUGGUUAUCCUGCCUAUCUGGGGGCUCGUCUGGCUUCGUUUUAUGAGCGUGCCGGCCGUGUGAAAUGUCUCGGUAAUCCAGAGAGAGAAGGUAGUGUUAGCAUCGUAGGAGCUGUGUCGCCCCCUGGUGGAGAUUUCUCAGAUCCUGUGACAUCUGCUACACUGGGUAUUGUACAGGUGUUCUGGGGUCUAGAUAAGAAACUGGCCCAGAGGAAGCAUUUCCCGUCUGUAAACUGGCUGAUCAGCUACAGUAAGUACACACGACCACUGGACGAAUACUACGACAAGCACUUCCCAGAGUUUGUGCCGCUGCGCACUAAAGCUAAGGAGAUUCUGCAGGAGGAAGAGGAUCUGGCUGAGAUCGUCCAGCUUGUUGGCAAGGCUUCCUUGGCUGAGACAGAUAAGAUCACCCUUGAAGUCGCCAAGCUGAUUAAAGAUGAUUUCCUGCAGCAGAAUGGUUACACCCCAUACGACAGGUUCUGUCCAUUCUACAAGACAGUGGGCAUCCUGUCAAACAUGAUCGCUUUCUAUGACAUGGCCCGGCACGCGGUGGAGACCACGGCUCAGAGCGACAACAAGAUCACCUGGGCCAUGAUCCGUGAGCACAUGGGCGAGAUCCUCUACAAGAUCAGCUCCAUGAAAUUUAAGGACCCAGUGAAGGAGGGAGAGGCGAAGAUUAAAGCCGAUUACGCGCAGCUGCACGAGGACAUGCAGAACGCUUUCCGUACCCUGGAGGACUAAGUCCCAAUCAGCUGAAUGCAGCUGUCGUGCUCUCUCCGACUUCGCUCCAUCCACCGACAUUCCACUUCUUUCUUUUCCCCCUUCCUUUAAUGGAGCAGCGUUAGAAGAAAGCAUUCUAUCGUCAAGAACCUCCUCCAUUUUGUGUGUGUGUGUAUACGUGUGCGUAUGUGUAGUAGUUGGUUGUAUUUGUGUUUCUGUAAGUGUUUCAGAUGUGUGUUAAAUUUUUUCGUAUACCGCUCUACUGCCUCAUCCUCUUUUGUUGAUGUAUUUUUUUUUUUUCUCGAGAUCAUCUGGUGUAAUAAUUAUUCCAGCGUUCUCUGUACAGACGAUUUGAGAGAUGCGUUCAAUUAAAUGGAGUUAAUAUUUAUUGUGUGGAACGCUGGUGGAUGCUUGUGGUGAUAUUUUGUCCUGUUUUAAACUGUAUUAUCCCAUAAGACCGGUGUGUAAUAUAUUUGCGGCGUCACACUUCUCUUCUAUAAUGCUUGUGUGACCGUGUUGAAGUCCUGCAACAAUAAAAUACAACUACAAAUGUG